AUGUUCAGCCCUUCCAGUCCUCUAGGCUGCCUCAACGCAGCACCCUAUCUCACAGUGUACCCGUGCCUGCCGUACCAACCCCCUAGCAAUCCCCGAAAACCCUGUCCCUCCAGCACCCCCCGCCGCUACGUCCCGGGCAGGAUGGAGGGAAAGAUCACCGAGUCGGGACUCAACGUGACGCUCACCAUCCGCCUGCUCAUGCACGGCAAGGAGGUGGGAAGCAUCAUUGGAAAGAAAGGGGAGACGGUGAAGAAGAUGCGGGAAGAGAGUGGCGCACGGAUAAACAUCUCGGAGGGAUCGUGCCCCGAGCGCAUCGUCACCAUCACCGGACAGACGGACGCCAUCUUCAAAGCCUUCUCCAUGAUCACCAACAAGUUUGAGGAGGACAUCAACGCCUCGAUGGCGAACAGCGCGGUGACAAGCAAGCCCCCCGUGACGCUCCGCCUCGUGGUGCCGGCCAGCCAGUGUGGCUCCCUCAUUGGGAAGGGCGGCUCCAAGAUCAAGGAGAUCCGAGAGUCGACAGGAGCGCAGGUGCAGGUGGCGGGCGACAUGCUUCCCAACUCGACAGAGAGGGCGGUGACCGUGUCAGGCGCCCCUGAGGCCAUCAUCCAGUGCGUCAAGCAGAUCUGCGUCAUCAUGCUGGAGUCUCCUCCAAAGGGAGCCACCAUCCCCUACCGACCCAAGCCUCCUGCUGCACCCGUCAUCUUUGCCGGAGGGCAGGCCUACGCUCUGCAGGGGCAGUACGCCGUCCCUCACCCCGAGCAAGUGUGGAUGCCGCUGCCGAGACAAGUGCUCAUGAACUCGGCUUUCCCCAUGAUACAGGGCCACAGCAAGAUUAAUGAGCUGCGAGAGCCCGUGCCCGCUCACAUGAAAUUCCCACCGCCCUCGUCAGCAGCCCAGGCACCGCCGAUAGCGGCGCCACCGCCGCUGCCGCCGCCGCUGCCGCCAUACGAGCCGCAGGAUCCCACGCUGCUCAUUCCCACCGCCUCGGCCCCCUGUCAUAGCCAUGCGCUGGUGAUCCAGAGCGACCACGCGCACGCACAUCAUCAUCAUCAUCAUCACCAGCACCAUCAGCAGCAGCAGCACCACCACCAGCAGCACCACCAGCACCAGCAGCACCACCAGCAGCACCACCAGCAGCACCACCAGCACCACCAACAGCAGCACCAGCAGCAGCACCAGCAGCAGCAGCAUGUGUCCAGCCCCACCACAGGACUGGCGCAUUAUCUCUCCGGCAUCAGGUGGGCGGCUCCCACCCCGCCCCGGCGUACCCUCUACGUCCUGUGAGCCGUGGCAGUCGCGGGGGGUGGUUGGUUUGGUGGGGCGGUGCGGGAACUCGCAGGCAAGGGCACGAAUCGGACCUCUCAAAUCUUUAGGCGCUUGUGGCGAUCGGUACCCCCCUCCCCCCACUCCUCCUCUAGCAUGGGAGCCAUUGACGCAUUACAGACGAAUGUUAUGUAACGAUCGUCCCCGUGCCAUCGACGGUCAAUCUCGUGCCACCCGGUAGGUGGUGGUGGUGGCGGGUUUAAUCUGUAUUCUUAUUGUUGUUGCUGUGGGUCAAACACAGAAAUUGCACCGUGAUUUAAAGACAAACUGGAUAGCAGCAUGAACAACAAAACACUCGAUGCAUGUCAUCAUUUGCAUGGUGACGCUACACGUACUCGCGGCAGUCUCACGCUGCCAGGACUCAACAUCGCAUCCCCCAAUGUCCGCUUCUGUCCAUGAUUCGUCUUCUGAC